AUGGCGCGCAACGACCAGGCAGAGCCGGCCGACUCGAUCUCUAGCCAGGAACCCAGCCGUGAGGAGAGCAAGAAGACGAAGAGCAGGAGACCACCGAAUACCGCGUUCAGGCAACAGCGGCUGAAGGCAUGGCAGCCCAUCUUAACCCCCAAAACCGUUCUCCCCCUCUUCUUCAUCGUCGGCGUCAUCUUCGCGCCCAUCGGUGGGCUGCUUCUGUAUGCUAGUGCGCAGGUCCAAGAACUUUCAGUCGACUACACCAACUGUCUGCGCGAUGCGCCCAGCGCUUCCAUCAACUUUGAUCCCACCGCAGAGAACGAUCUCAGGGACGUGCCCUCGAACAAAUACUCGACCACCUUCAAGUCAAUGAUUGCUCCUCAAUGGGGAAGAUCCGAGGUCGACCACACAUUCCCCUCUGGAAAGACGCUGAAUACCAACGUCUGCAUCCUGAGCAUCAACAUCCCAACAGACAUCAAGCCACCUGUGCUCCUCUACUACCGCCUCACCAACUUCUACCAGAACCACCGCCGAUAUGUAAAGUCCAUUGACACGGAACAACUCAAGGGUCACGCGAGGAGUGUUGCCGAUAUCCGUGAUGGCGACUGUGGCCCGCUUGACAUCGCUCCCAACGGGAAGCCCUAUUAUCCAUGUGGUCUGAUUGCCAAUUCCAUGUUCAAUGAUACCUUUGGCAACUUCACCGCAGCCAACGCCCAAGGAGGUGGGGACGAAAUCCAAUUCUACAACAUGACGGUACGCGGAACAUCAUGGAGUCAUGAGGGCGAUCUAUAUGGCAAGUCGAGCUACAAUCCAGAGGAUGUCGUGCCUCCACCAUUCUGGCAGGAUCAGUAUGUCGACGGGAGCUAUGCCAACGCCACGUUGCCCGACCUGCACACUUGGGAGGAGUUCCAGGUCUGGAUGAGAACCGCCGGUCUGCCCACCUUUAGCAAGUUGGCACAGAGGAACGACACGCACGUUAUGAAGGCCGGCACAUACCGGCUCAACAUCUACGACCGCUACCCUGUCGACAAGUAUAGCGGCACCAAAUCAAUCCUGAUUUCCACACGCACCGUCAUGGGGGGCAGGAAUCCGUUUUUGGGCAUUGCCUACGUCGUUGUCGGCGGUCUCUGUAUCCUUUUGGGCGCGGUCUUCCUUGCCACUCAUCUCAUCAAGCCGAGGAAACUUGGCGAUCAUACCUACCUAACGUGGAAUAACGAUGUUCCAAGUACGGCUACAGCUACCGGGCGUGCUGGUGGUGCAUAA